CUACUACUAGUAAGUAACGUUGAGCAGACUAGACUGCAUCGAAUAGCUGUCCCUGUUACGACGGACUAAUUCCUUGUCGGAUAACUGCAGUCCCAAAUCAGGACUGACUGGUCCCGACGGCCGCAAUACUACACGACAAGUUAUUUCCGUCACAACCGUUGAAGGCGGCCGCCAUGACGAAGCUCCUGACAGGAAACUCUCUUCAACAACCGCUAGUGCUGCCACUAACCAGAAUCCUACUGCAAUGUGCACUAGUACUGAUGGCUGCUGGUCGUAUUUCUGCUCACCCAUUUCCAUACGGGGAUUCCAAAGCGAAAUGCACGUGUGCCGGAGGAGAUGAGGAACGCAGCGGCUGCGUGCCCCAGUUCAUGACGUACAUGAGUGGCGGCGAUCCGUUCCUCCAACAGGCCAUUUUCAGCGUGCCAGUCGACGAGAGUCGCAACGAGACCGACGGAACAUGCCUGGUGCAGUUGGCAUCGGAUAUCGAAAACAGGGUGUCAACAGGACAGUGUGGUUUCUUCAGCAACAUGGACUGCCACUUCUACUUCACCACCGCGUUUCCCGAGCUCUACGUGAUCUACUCCGAGUUCACACACUUAGUAAUGGAGGGCUCAUUUAACUGUUUAGCGGACCACGUCGAGUAUCCUCUGUCGGACGGCUCCAUACGGCGCGUUUGCGGCGACAUUGUGGAUAUGGGCUCGGCUUUCAGCUACUAUGGGUCUCUCAACGUGACCUUCCACAGUGACCAUAAUGACAUUGGUGGGAGAGUAGCGGGUUUCAUGAUCGCAUUCAUGCCAUCAUUAGAUGAACAUUUCACAGCAAGGACCAGAAGAUCCACGGAUCACCAGGACAUGUACACUAUUGUCAACGAUGAUGAGUCACUCUCUGAUGCGGGUUACGAUGAUGAAACUGCCCGUCGAGCAGCCAUGCCAGCAUUCCACAGCACAAUGUCCACCAGUGCGAGAAGCUGGCAGAUCCCGGAUUCAACCAUUCUACCCACCAUGCGUAAGCUACUGGAUUUCCACGACAGGGGAAAAGUGAGUAUGCAGAAAACACAAAAGUUGAUGGGGCUUUGGCGCUGCGGAAACUGCCGACGCCUCAUGAGAAUGGUGGCGCCUCGGAAGUGCAUGCCGUUCUGGCGCCUACUGGGAGUUCCGAGCAGUGCCCUGUGCACACGACUUUUGAACCGUGUGUGGCAAGCGGCAACGAAUAUGACCUGGCCGCCAAUGCUUGAUCAGUGAUUCUCCCCUGCUGCGUCCUUGAUGUACUGCUCAAGCCAGGCAUAGCAUGUCCGGGCUGGAAGUAAACGAACACCCCAGUGCAAUGCCCGGCGGCAAUCAAUAUGUCAGGCAUCGCUAGGUCCGGCGCCAGCAGACUGCAAUGUAACUAAUGUUACACUAUGUAGGGUUCUGUCCAGUGUGGUGGCUACCAUACUCUUUCACAUGCAAUGUAUGAUGUUAUAGUUCAGCAAGACUGCAUGGCUGGAACAGCUGCUGCUAGUGCUCUGCAGCUAGAGAGUGGAUGUGAGGCAUGUAAUCAUGUGCUCUAAGAACCUCUUUGUAGCACACAUAUUCAUCGUAUAGUUUGCAGUUAUCAUCAGUCUCUGUACAAUUAUG